GGGCCGGCGGCGGGCGGCCCGCAGGCGGGAGGAGAGCGGCCCGCAGGCCUCUGCCUGGCAGCCGCGGCUUUUGCCUGGCGUCGCGUCGGGAUCGCCUCUCUCGGCGCGGCGGCGGCCCGCGGCCUCCCGCCGCGCUCCCGACCCCAUCGGCGUCCCCCCGGGGCCGCCCCGCCGGCCGGGCCCGCGCGGCGCCGGCGGGAUGAGCAGCUCGAGGAACAACCGCGUGAUGGUGGAAGGCGUCGGGGCCCGCGUGGUGCGCGGCCCUGACUGGAAGUGGGGGAAACAGGACGGCGGCGAGGGCCACGUGGGCACCGUGCGCAGCUUCGAGAGCCCCGAGGAGGUGGUGGUGGUGUGGGACAACGGCACCGCCGCCAACUACCGCUGCUCUGGGGCCUACGACCUCCGCAUCCUGGACAGCGCGCCCACCGGUAUCAAGCAUGAUGGCACUAUGUGUGAUACGUGUCGACAGCAACCAAUCAUUGGCAUCCGAUGGAAAUGUGCUGAAUGUACAAAUUACGACUUGUGCACAGUUUGUUAUCAUGGGGACAAGCAUCACUUAAGGCAUCGUUUUUACAGAAUUACCACACCAGGAAGUGAAAGGGUAUUGCUGGAGUCUCGCCGUAAAUCAAAGAAAAUUACAGCAAGAGGAAUCUUUGCAGGUGCCAGAGUGGUGCGAGGAGUUGACUGGCAAUGGGAAGAUCAAGAUGGUGGCAAUGGGCGUAGGGGAAAGGUAACUGAAAUCCAAGAUUGGAGCGCGUCAAGUCCGCACAGUGCAGCAUACGUUCUUUGGGACAAUGGUGCUAAAAACCUUUACAGAGUUGGCUUUGAGGGCAUGUCUGACCUGAAAUGCGUCCAAGAUGCAAAAGGAGGCUCUUUCUACAGAGACCAUUGUCCUGUGUUAGGUGAACAAAAUGGUAACAGAAAUCCUGGUGGUCUGCAAAUUGGUGACCUUGUAAACAUUGACCUUGAUUUGGAAAUUGUGCAGUCUUUGCAGCAUGGUCAUGGAGGAUGGACUGAUGGCAUGUUUGAAACCUUAACAACAACUGGAACAGUUUGUGGCAUUGAUGAGGAUCAUGACAUUGUGGUACAAUAUCCAAGUGGCAACAGGUGGACAUUUAAUCCAGCUGUUCUCACCAAAGCCAACGUUGUCCGAAGUGGAGAUGCUGCUCAAGGUGCAGAAGGAGGUACUUCUCAGUUUCAAGUGGGUGACCUUGUUCAAGUGUGCUAUGAUUUGGAGCGAAUCAAGCUUCUUCAGAGAGGUCAUGGAGAGUGGGCUGAAGCAAUGCUUCCUACUUUAGGUAAAGUUGGUCGUGUCCAGCAGAUUUAUUCAGACAGUGACUUAAAGGUAGAGGUUUGUGGGACAUCUUGGACAUAUAAUCCAGCAGCUGUCUCAAAGGUGGCAUCAGCAGGAUCUGCUAUAAGUAAUGCAUCUGGUGAGAGACUGUCCCAGCUAUUGAAGAAAUUAUUUGAAACCCAAGAAUCUGGAGAUCUCAAUGAAGAAUUGGUUAAAGCUGCUGCCAAUGGAGAUGUUGCUAAAGUGGAAGAUCUGCUAAAGAGACCAGAUGUGGAUGUAAAUGGACAGUGUGCUGGACACACAGCUAUGCAAGCAGCUAGUCAGAAUGGCCAUGUUGACAUUUUGAAGUUGCUUCUGAAACAGAAUGUGGAUGUAGAAGCAGAGGAUAAAGAUGGAGACAGGGCUGUCCAUCACGCGGCCUUUGGUGACGAGGGUGCUGUGAUUGAGGUUUUGCACCGAGGCAGCGCAGAUCUGAACGCUCGCAACAAACGGAGGCAGACUCCACUUCAUAUUGCUGUCAACAAAGGUCAUCUUCAAGUUGUGAAGACUUUACUGGACUUCGGCUGCCAUCCUAGUCUCCAGGAUUCUGAAGGUGACACUCCACUCCAUGAUGCAAUAAGUAAAAAGCGUGAUGACAUCCUGGCUGUACUGUUAGAAGCUGGUGCAGAUGUUACUAUCACCAACAACAAUGGCUUUAAUGCUCUUCACCAUGCUGCACUAAGAGGAAACCCAAGUGCAAUGCGCGUAUUGCUGUCCAAGUUACCACGACCGUGGAUUGUUGAUGAGAAAAAAGAUGAUGGUUACACUGCCUUGCAUCUGGCAGCUCUCAACAAUCACGUGGAGGUGGCUGAACUUUUGGUGCACCAGGGCAAUGCUAACCUGGAUAUCCAGAAUGUUAACCAGCAAACCGCUCUGCACCUUGCUGUUGAGCGUCAGCAUACGCAAAUUGUUAGGCUCUUAGUCCGUGCAGGUGCUAAGCUGGAUAUCCAGGAUAAAGAUGGGGAUACUCCCCUGCAUGAAGCCCUGCGACACCAUACCCUGUCACAGCUCCGCCAGCUCCAAGACAUGCAAGAUGUGGGCAAGGUAGAUACUGCUUGGGAGCCAUCAAAGAACACAUUAAUAAUGGGACUUGGCACUCAGGGAGCAGAGAAGAAGAGUGCAGCAUCUAUUGCCUGCUUCCUGGCAGCCAAUGGAGCUGACCUCAGCAUUCGUAAUAAGAAGGGUCAGUCUCCUCUUGAUCUCUGCCCUGACCCUAGCCUCUGCAAAGCACUGGCUAAAUGCCACAAAGAAAAAGUCAGUGGUCAAGUUGGUUCCCGAAGUCCAUCUAUGAUCAACAAUGACUCUGAAACCUUAGAAGAAUGCAUGGUGUGUUCAGAUAUGAAAAGAGAUACUCUGUUUGGCCCAUGUGGACAUAUUGCCACGUGUUCUCUGUGCUCACCACGGGUGAAAAAAUGCCUCAUCUGUAAAGAGCAAGUUCAGUCUAGGACAAAGAUUGAAGAAUGUGUAGUGUGUUCAGACAAAAAGGCAGCAGUCCUUUUCCAGCCUUGUGGUCAUAUGUGCGCCUGUGAGAAUUGUGCAAGCUUGAUGAAGAAAUGUGUACAGUGUCGGGCAGUGGUAGAACGAAGAGUGCCUUUCAUAAUGUGCUGUGGAGGGAAAGGUACAGAAGAUACCACUGAUGAUAUCUCAAGUGGUAACAUUCCAGUUAUGCAGAAAGACAAAGACAACACUAACGUCAAUGCAGAUGUACAAAAGCUGCAGCAGCAGUUACAGGACAUCAAGGAACAGACUAUGUGUCCUGUCUGUUUGGACCGUCUGAAGAAUAUGAUCUUUCUCUGUGGCCAUGGGACGUGUCAGCUUUGUGGAGACCGAAUGAGUGAAUGCCCUAUAUGCCGCAAGGCAAUCGAACGAAGGAUUCUUUUGUAUUAAGAAGUGGAACAAGUAUCUGUUGGUAGCUUAUGAAUAGUAAGGACAUUCUGGUGAUUUAAAUCUCUGCAAGUUUGAAAGGCGGUAAAAGGUUCUAAUGAAAACAUUUCUAAUACUGUAGCACAGGUUCAUUAAAGACUGUGAACACACCAAAUAAUAGAACAGUAUUUGAGCAGUCAGCUUUUAACUUUACUCAGAAAAGUUGCUAAUUUACAGCAGUCCUUUCUUUUGUUGUGUUUUUUGUUUGUUUUCUUUCUGUCAUUUUCUUCCCCUUAAAGUGUAAAGGGACAAUCUUGUUUUGGUUUCAUUCUUGUUUUUUUAAUGUGCGUAUAAGGUGUUGAGUGAUGUAGUUUUUCUAUUAUUUUUUUUUUUAAUGCCAGUUACUAUUGAGUAUAAAUCUAUUUAGUGCUUUUUUUUAAUGCUUUUCUGGAGAAUGUUCAAAUAUUCUGUGACGUUUAUAAUUUGUAAUGGUUUUCAUCUUGAAAUACACAGUAAUGCGGAGUCCAUACAAAAUGUAUGCGCAGUUGUAAUAAACGUAAUAUUAUUUCCAUAAGAUCAGGUCACAAAAUACAAUGCUAAGGUAAUUUCAACUUUAAUGUGCCCUUUGCUGAGGAUGAGGUGGGAAAGAAACAGGAAAAAGAAACAAAUCUGGUUUAGAAAGGUUGCGUUCUUCAAACUGCACUUUAGCGUAACAGUUUCAAGCUGACCUAAAUAAUAUGAACCUCUUGACGCUGCUAGCCUCAUAGAUUCUUAUGGAAUAACUUUUAAUCUGGUUGGAAAGGAGAACAGUGGGUCAGUUAUCCGUUUCAGACGAGUGAAUUCGACCAGUUUUGGGAGAACAGAUAGAUACAUGUGUGGAGCCAUUCAAAUAUUCUGUCUCUACAAAUUAGAAGAACUAUACGUGAAGUUUGCAAAAGUUAAACUUCAGUAUCUUACCUUACAAAAUAUGAAGCAAGCUUUUAAUGGGUAUCAUUCUCCUUUCUUAAUUCAGUUAUUUUGUCUCAGAACAAAUAGUAGUAAAUAGCAGGAUCAAAGAUUUAAUUUAGCUUUUCAUCUACAUUGAAUGUUAAAACCAUGUUAGCUAGGAUCUAUAGAUAAUACUGCAGUUCAGGAUAUUGUUGGCAGAGAGUGAUUUCGGAGCCAUGCCUAGGUGAGGUGAAAUUGUAUGAGGGAGUCAGCUGUCACUGAUGUGACUGAAAAGUGUUCACGAAUCUGAAAGUACUGCUGUGAGGAGCUGCAAACAAUUAACGCCUUGAUAACAAAUAUGUCCUUCUGUCUUCUUGGACAGAAAAAAAAAAAAAAAGAUAUGCUGAUUUAAGAGUUGUUUGCAGGUACCAGGCACGUACCAGGCAUAAGAUAUUCAGCAGUUUCCUGAGUGCAGUUUGUGUAGCCCUUUGCCGUUGUGCUGGCUUUGUGUGAAUGCAGAUCAAUGAAGAAAUACAUGCUGGAAUCAUUGAAGUGCCUUCCUAUCAGCAAAAAUUAAUUUCUUGUUUCAUUCUCACAGCAAAAGUAUGGCAAAAGGGGUAGUUCAAGGGAAGAUCCAAGUAGGAAUAAAGGAAUAAAACUGGUCUCUUUGGAAAAAUCAAUCUCAGUCUUUUGAAGCUUGUGUUGAUAUGCCAGAACCUUGUAAACUUUGGCAAAAUUCUCAGAAGAAUGUUACUAGUAAACUGCAAAGAUAGAUAAACUUUUAAACAGUAAGAUUUAAACACUUAAUGGUGUUUUCCAGGAAGCAGCUACAGUGAUAUAUUGAAACAGUGUAAGGCCAGUGUCUUUUAACAAAGUGAAGUAAUGUACAACUUUUCUAUAGACAACUUAAUCCUUAUCCAGUAUUGCAAAUGGAUUCAUCAUUCUUUUCAGUAAUUUUUCAUUGGGCACCAUCUUAAUCUGGAGUCAAUGUAAUAUUGUUUUAUUUUGUAUAUUAACAGUCCUUUGUUCAAAAUUAUCUAUGGCUCUGUCUUUUUGGCCAAAGUAAAUAGUCUUUCCUUUUUGGUACUGAUUGGAUCCCUGUACUAAAAUAUGGAGACUUCAAGGACCUUUGGAAAACUUUUGAUGGAAAACUUUUUUUUCCACUUUGUUGUUUCGCUAUCUCCACUUAGACUCCAAUUGCAUGAGUGCUCAGUGUUGUACUUAUUUAGACAAUAUGUAUGCCACCAAACCUGAUUUUUUUUUUACAGUGUUUUUGUCAGCUCAAAUGUCUACAGGACACUUCAGCUUCCUUCCAGUCUUCCUCCAAAAACGAUUUUGUAGUGAGAUGUGCCAUUUGUCCAUCCAUCCUGAUUUUUGUUAUGUAAUGUAUCACAUUUGUUUCCUCUAGUUCUGGUACACGUUUUGAAUAUCAUGCCCUAUUUACUCUUCAAGGGGACCUCUAUAAGCAUAAAAGCAGAGUGGAUUUCUUCUUGAUAAUGCAGCUCAAAACUAAAACCUUGUUGUAGCAGCUGGCAUUUUUGUAAUUCUUUUUUACUGGAACAAGUCAGAACUACUUCAAAGUAGUUCAACUUCACGUUAGUUGAAAAAAUGCAGCUGAAUAAGAAUUGAUCUAAAGUAUCCUGGGUGGAUAACUGGAGUUGAGUAUUAAAUAUUCUCCAUCUGCAGGAGGCGAGAUAUUAGCAAAAAUAGCUAAGUCCAGUGAUAGGCUUGUACUUUGCAAGAGAAGCUGUGUGUUACUCCAUAAUACUCUUAAUACUUGCAUGUCAUCACAGUCAAAUGGAUACAGACAUAGUGACUGAAGUUGUUGUAUAGGAGCAGUUGUAGUCUUUUGUACUGUAAUCAUGCCAAGUGGACUUGAACAGUUGCAGUUGGAAGGUAUCACUGUUGGGAAUUUAAUUUCACGCUUUCAAGAUGUCAAGAGAAACAGUUGAACUAGAAAUGCAAGGUAGAGUAACAUGCUUGAAAUAUUGCUACUACUGGCCUAAUUAACAGGUUAAAGAGAUGUGUAGCCUUCCCAAGUUGUCCUUCAAAAAACUCAAUGAAGAAAAAUGUUAGCAAAUCGAGCAGCACUUAAAGACAUGGAUGACAAAGAGGAUGAAAAAUAGGCUUUGUUUCUUAUGAUUGUCCCUCAAUAUUCAACAGCGGUUUUGAAAUUAAUUUGGAUGAUAUAUCUCCAUUAGCUUCCUCAACCAAUCAAGAAAAGAACUAAUAGUACUGUUCAGAUGUAAGGUACGUUCAGAUGUUUAAGUAAAUCCUUCUUCUUUUCAAUUCAGUAGAAUACAUAACUUGUCAUAUCACUACACAGUGAUAUUAAAGUAUAGAGACAACCUAGAAGGCUGAUAGAACAUGCUAAAUAAUUGUAUUUUGUUGUUGUUAUUGGUUUUGCUUUGUUUUUACAGACUUGCUGUGUGUCAUCUGCUAUACCCCAAAUUGCCAUUGAACUCAUUGGGCACUUUUCAGAAUUCGGGCUCAUAAUACCUACCUUCCAGUUGUUGAAAUACUCUAUACUUGCAUGUUCAGAGUUUGGAGCAAUCCCAUUUUACUGGCAUGGAUACUGAAUUAAUGUGGCAGGAGAAUGAGCGAGCUACUUUGUAAAUAUGAGAGGCUGAUUAGAAACUAUUAUUCCUAACUUGAAUUGAGUGAGGAUCUAGCAGAUUUGCACAAGUACUUGUGCCUUGUUAGCAUAGUCUUACAAUUGGUAUUCUAGCUUCUUUGAAAGACAUUAAAUGACGUUUUAAAAUAAUUUAAGUCCUUAUUGUGUAGAUAUUUUUUAGAGAUGAAGUUUUAUGUGUGCAUACCUGUUUUUAGCAGUAUUAGUUGCAGUUUAUGCAAACACUAGGCUGUUUGAAGAAGCUGCUCUGAGCUAGUGAUCUGUUUAAGCUUCCUCUACAAUACUGUGCAUUAAACAUCAGAAACUCAACUUUCCAGUAGCAGCUGGUGAACCGAGAAGCCUAUCCUGUUCUUUGUGCUGCCUAAGUCAGAUUUUCACUUAAAAAAUCACAGCGUCCUUUUAGUAAUGCUACCUCCUUUCUCUCUAAGUACUGAAUUGUGGGUUAGUUUGUCUUGGGGAAAGGACGGGGAACAUUUCAGUUUUGUUUUUGCUUCAUCAGUUUUGAUGUCUAAAUACAUUGCGGAGCAUUUUUACUGACUGUAUAAAUGACGUACGGUAGAAGCGUAUGAUUUGCCACCAUGUACAUUGUAUAUUAGUCUUGCACAAGUUGCUGGAAUUCGUACUGUUGUCUUUUUAUGUAUUUCGUAACUUGUCUGUGCUGACAAAGCAAAACUGUUAUCACAGAGGUUUUAGUAUAAGAAGUUUAGAAGUUUUAUAGCUGAGCCUGUGGUUAAAAAAAAAAAAGUUCUGACUCAGGGCUUUUUAACAACUUAAAUACAUUUACAAUAUUCUUCAGCACGUCUUGGAGAGCAUUGUAGAUUUAAUGACUGUACAGUGCCUUGAUAGAACUGUAUAAUGGGCAGCAGCCGUAGAGUCCUUACAGAAUGCAAGUAUCUUUUGAAUCCAGUUGAGGAGUUUAUGUUAAUGCAGCUGUAAUAUCCCUGCUAUGGAUUUAUGUACUUGUAUAUACUUACUGUAAAGGAAAAUCAGCAAAUGUAGGUCUUGCUAAGCUUUCUGUAAGUUGUUUUGUUGUUGCAACAGUUGGGAGAGGGGGGCAGGGUAUAAAGGGCUUAGUGUUCAAAUGUACCAAAGUAGCAUUUCUGGGAAAGACAGCUGAUAAAAAAGCUCUGUAUGGGAUCUUUUUUGUGUGAGGGGAGAGGUUGUUGUAUUAAAAUAAUAAUAAAUAAAAAUAAAAAUACCCUCUUUAUUCUGGCCCAGUAAGUGUUUCUGAAAAGAGAGAGAGAAUAAACAACAAUUCUGUGUUUGCAUGCCUUGUCAUAUUUACAAAAAAUUAAGUAAUUUUACAUUUCUAGAGGAUAUAUUUUUUUUUUAUCACAAGCUUACUGUCUUCAUGAAUGCAAAUUCUUCCUGUUAGAAAACCGGUUUUUCUGAACCACAGGAACGUUUUUGCUACGUUAAAACCAACUUUGUAUUUCAGUAGUUUUUGACAUGACUGUUUAUUGGAGAAAUUUAUGGUUGUCUGUGUGAAUGUAGAGGAUUUUUCCGUAUGCAGAUAGCAUUAUAUGAUUGCUUUCAUUGAAACUGCUUAGCAAGGUCUCAGCUUCUCGAGAGAAAUUCUAAUGUACUGAAUGGUUAAUAAAACUUGUUAUAUAAGA